CCUUCAUCCGACAGACCCGUUUUGUGCAAGGAGCAGCAGGACCUGAUUGAACUCAUUCUAACGGGGAGAAAUGUCUUCUUUACGGGCUCGGCAGGGUGCGGCAAGUCUACCGUUCUCAAGGCCGCCAUCAACCUGCUGCACAUGAUGGGGAAGAAUGUUCAUGUCGUUGCACCAACAGGCCGGGCAGCGCUCCAGGUCGGCGGCAUGUCGACUUGGUCAUACAUGGGUUGGACGCCAGACUAUCACAAACUCGACAUCGAUACACUUCUGAACAAGGGAUUCCGAAAGCACAUUGAGAAACGGUUGAAGGACACGGAUGUGCUCAUCAUCGAUGAGAUUAGUAUGGUGGAGAAUCAUCAUCUGGAACGCAUGAAUAUCUGCAUGAAGGCCGUGAUUGCCUGGAAGGACUGGCGGAAAGAGAGAGACUCGAGACCCCCCGGACCCAGGAGGGAUGCUUUCGCCGUUGCGAAAACCAUUCCCGCCUUCGGGGGAAGACAGGUCAUCGUCACAGGAGAUUUCUGCCAGCUACCCCCGGUGAAGCCGUUCGAGUUCUGCAUGCACUGUGGACAAGAGAUGAUUGCCGACGACGACGGAGCCGAGUUCAACUGCCCCGACAGCCAUGGGCCGUUUCUAGAGACACACAAAUGGGCCUUUAGGAGUACAGCUUGGGAGGAAGCCGAUUUCGUUCACGUCAAUUUGCAAGAGAUUCAUCGCCAGAAAGACGAAUACUUUAUCAGGAUGCUUCAGAAAUGUCGUCUUGGGAUUCCCUUUCUACCCCAAGAAACCGAAACACUGAUGAAUCAUCCUUGCGAUGUCCAAAAAGCCACAAAACUCCUGUGCACGAGAAACGAGGUUGCCAUGGUGAACCGAGAAAACUUCAAUAGACUGAAGACGCCAAAGCUCGAAUACCACGCUCUGGAUGGGUUUAUUGCGAGGCAAGAGGUGCAUACGCAGCUACCUCAGUAUCAUGAUCGUCUGUCUGAUGGAACAUUAGUGGCGUGCAGAGAUCAACGCCUGGAGCCUCAUGUCACGCUGCGCGGGGGCAUGCUCGUGAUACUGCAGAUAAACCUCGAUAUAAAGGGAGGGUUGGUCAACGGAAGCCAGGGUAUCAUAUGCGGCUUUGAAAGGUUUAGCUCUAUGAAUCUUCCCAAAGUACACAGGGGCAAGGAUACCGAAUACAUUCCUUCUGAUCAGCGCAUCAUCGGCGACCACGCAAAGCUUAGAGAGAAGCAGAUACAGCAGUUCAUGGAACAACAGCAAGGGGAUCCACGGUUAGCAAAGGCUUGGCCUCGAGUGCUCUUCCACAAUGGGGUGAAGCGUGUCAUUUACCCCUCGUGUGUUGUUAACUCUGUUGGCGACAAAGAGCCGUAUUCACUGCUACAUCGAACACAAAUUCCUCUUCUACCAGGCUGGGCUAUGAGCGUUCACAGAAGCCAAGGCAUGACGCUGGAUCGUGUAAUUGUUGACUUGUCACAUGCCUUUGAAGAGGGUCAGGUAUAUGUCGCAUUGUCUCGGGCGACGAGCCUUCAUGGACUGAAGGUCAUGGGUAGCUCAAGCGGAUUAUUCGUAACUGGCGGAAAUCCAGAGGUGCAAUCAUUCCUGAUGGCAAAGUUUGGAGACCGACUUUUUCAAUCAGUCAGAGAAUUUUCAGGACAUCUUACGAAUGGCGGUGAUGGCGAGAAAAACUGGGCACAGGGUUGAGAAGAAUGUGCCCAGCUUUUACGAUUGGCAAAGCUCUUACGAUUGACGAACUCGUACGCAAUGAACCUUGACCGAGAUUGGAGGAGAUAGGAUUGCAGUCAUUCACAAGCUACACUGGACAUGUCUGCAACAUUUACGUUCAAAACUUAGGCA